AUGCGAGUAUUUUUGCAACAAGAUGAAACUGCAAAUGUGUUUGCGAAGCAGUUGUUAGACAUUGGAAAUAAUAAAGUUGCAGUGGACACCUCGACCGGAUUCAUCACAUUACCUACAGAUUUCUGUCACAUCACAGACUCAAAAAUGGAGCUUAUUCAGCGAGUUUUCCCAGAUAUAGCGCAAAAGUUCAAUAACCAUAAUUGGCUGGGUGAACGAGCAAUAUUAGCACCGAAAAAUAAAGAUGUCGAGGAUCUUAAUGCGACUACUCAGAAUUUUCUUCCAGGACAGUUGGUUUCCUUCAAAUCAGUCGACACCGUAAUGAACCAGGAUGACGUAAUCAAGUAUCCCACUGAGUUCUUAAAUUCACUGGAAUUGCCUGGAUUACCACCUCACAAUUUGCAGUUAAAAGUAGGAUCAGUUGUCAUCAUGCUGCGUAACAUUAAUCAACCACGACUAUGCAAUGGAACCAGACUGGCUGUGAAAAGACUGAUGAAUAACGUCAUUGAGGCGACAAUCAUAAAAGGAAAAUACAAAGGAGAGGAUGUCUUGAUCCCGCGGAUACCGAUGAUUCCAAAGGACUUACCAUUCGAUUUUAAACGCUUACAAUUUCCAGUACGUAUGGCCUUUGCGAUGACCAUAAAUAAAUCGCAAGGACAGUCGUUAGAAACAUUGCAUCUGCGUUCACCGCAGAAGCGACCGCCAUCCGCAGCGCAAUCAUCAUAG